AUGUGGGUGACCAAUAAAAUAGUGGAUGUGGAAGCCGACUUGUCAUGGAGCAAAUUCGCAGUGGUGUUAGUCCGUCCUAGCGUUAACUUUCAUGCGUUCACAAGUCUUUUGAUCGACGAGGAGAAGAAAGUGGCCGUGUGUUGUGAGUAUAGUCCUUGCCCCAGAAGAAACGAUGAUGCCACGGAAGAAAUCCCUCAUUUAAAAGACCCAUGGUUGCAGAUCGGGUAUUUCGGGUAUUCGGUCCGAUUGGUCACCCCCACAUCUCCAAUGAUGUAUAUCGAAUACCCACAUUGGUCACCGAUCCGAACCGAACCGGAAGAUCUAUGGGCGAUUAUACUGUCGAGAUUACCACUAAAAACUAUCACCGCUUCAAAAAUGGUUUGCAAGCAAUGGAAAUCCGUCGUCCAAUCUCAGUUUCUCCGAGAGCUUUUCUUGUCUCGUCAUCAAAACUCGCAUUCUUCAUGGUCGCUCAUGUGCAAGGAAUCUCAGAAAGAAGUUGUGGCUCACUACGGAUGCGAUAUUUGGGGUCUUGAACGAUCUCUUGGUUCUUACAUCUCUUCUUUCGUUACCGACAAACGCAAGAUCCGUGAAGAUGAUAAACACCGACCGGUUUGGUUUGACGACGAAGAGGUCAGUGUUGUUUACACCGAUGUCGGAUUGAUUUUGAUCAGUUUUAGAAAUCUUGAAGGGAAUCUAACCUACCAUGUGGCUAAUCCGAUUACACGACAAUACAUCGAACUCCCUCCUCUUCCUCGUCUUCUAUUAGCUAAAUCAGCCAAACACUCUGGACUCGCCACACGGACUGAAAACGGUGUCGUUUUGAGUUACAAAGUUGUUCUGCUAGAGAAAUGUUACUUCGAAACCAAUGACCUAAGUUUAGAGAUAUUUUCAUCAGAUACAGGCUUGUGGAGUUUCAACACUCUCCGCUGUCCUCAAUCUGUACGUCGUUGUCUUAAUUUGGAUCCAUUUAGCUUGAACGGAAAACUUUACUGGCUCGGCGGGAACUCAGACUUGGGUGAAGUUGUUGUAUCCCAUGAUUUCUACGCUACGGGCACGGAAUCUAAUCGAUGCAAAGUUAUACCUUUCCCCGACUUAGGAAUUAAACCACCGAAUUUCAGAAGAUCUUGCACAACUUCUCAAGGAUCUCUAAUGUAUAUGAACAUAUUCAGCGAACACAAUGGUGAUGGAAGUGUGGAGCAUAAGUUAAGUGUAUGGAGGCUAAAGAGCGACGAAUGGCGACUAGUAUCUCAAAUAUCUCCGGCUUGUAUUAAGACCCGUUUUGAUUAUUUUCCGCUGACGAUAAACCCUUUUGAUGCUAAUACAAUGUACCUGUUGAGCAGGAUGCAUAAAUGUUUGGCAUCUACUAACGUUCACAAAGGCAAGUUUGGGCUUCACAACAACUUAGAACGUAGCAGCAACGGUCGCACCCUGAUUUUUGCUGGAGAGUUGGAUUUAGCAACAUUUUCCACUUUUGCUCUCCCGCUUUGGCUCUCUCGGAUUCCUUCUCCACCGUCAUUAGCAAGGUGA